AUGCAGGAGAAAAGUAUGCCAGCCAGUAAUACAGGGAUAAUGAGAGCCACUCACUUGCUGCAGUUACCGCAAGAAAUGCUGACUGAGAUAAUCAUGUACCUUCCUCCUGCGGAAAAAUCCAAAGUCCGUGCUACGUGCAGUCUCUUCAAGGAUCUGGUUGAUCAGCCUGUUGUGUGGCAAAAGAGUACCAUUGUCCUCCGACGCAUAAGCGCUUUCAAUGCCGAGUUCUGGGACGUGCUUCGGAAAAGAAAGAUCACUUCUAUAGAAGUGAAAGAAAUUGGGCUUAAGCAAUGGCAAAAGCUGCUGAGGUUCAUGCCUGGGCUGCUAGAUGUAACUGUGGAUUCCCUCUGGAGCGAGGAAAUCCUGCAAGGGUUACAGCUGCUCACAGAUCUACAGAAACUUCACUUGAAAACAUGCUCUAGGUUAUCUGAGAGAAGUGUAAUCAGGGAAGUUGUGAACUUUCAACACCUUACCCACUUGUUGUUGUGCGGCAUAACCUUCUUAAGUGGCAGUGAAUUGAUCAGAAUUGCUUGCUUACAAAACCUACAUAUGCUCUCAUUGCAUACUGUGCAAAAGGCUCUUCCUGAGAAAGCACUAGAGUAUGUUUUAUUCCAUUUACCAAAACUCAGAGAACUGUCACUUUCUUAUAUCCUGAGUAAGGAGCAUUUUUUGUUAUGCCUCAGUUUGCCAGAUAGACAUCCCAUCCCUUAUUCAUCAGAAGAGUGUUUCCUGGAUCAGCUCUCCACCAUCCACACUCUGACUGUUUGUUACAUCAAGGACUUUUUGUUACACUCAGUGGAUGCCUUUGGACAAGUGCUGAAGAACCUACCAAACUUGACAGAAUUAAAUCUUCUAUGGAUCUCCAAUUUGGAUAUGUUUGUUGAUAACAUUCCUUCCAGCCUUGUUAAACUAAGUGUGAUUGGAACCAAGCUCUCAAACUCUGCGCUCAGCUGUUUGUCUGACAAAUCCUGGAAGCUAAGAGAAAUGGAUCUAACCCUGUCAUAUGGAUUUGAUGAAAAGACUCUGAAACAAUUUCCCCACCUCUUUCCACUGCUGACUAGACUCUGCCUUAGUGGUUUUGUUUUGACUGACAAUAUCUUGUUGAGCUUGGCUAAAAUGGAGAGUUUGCGAGAACUUGAUGUCACUGGUGGCACAAAUCUGACAAAAGAAGCAAUCCAGAAUUUUCGCAUCACAACGGACUGCAGGGUACAUCUCCUUGUAGAGCGGCAUUCAGUGUCUUCUAAAUGUGACUGCUUAUGGAGCACGUAG